CAGAAGGCAGCAGCUAGGACACGGAGAAGAGGAGGAGGAGAGCUCCGCGGUUACUGCGCACAGUCAUCCACGGGCUCCACUCAUCACCGAGAACAUAACAAGUCCCCAAAACCAUCAACAAACGCGUAUUGGCGUCUAAAGAACCGUUCACCCCAUCGGCUCCGAUGACUGCGCUGUUUGUUUCCCCCUGGAAGUGAAGGUUUAAACAGACAACCAUCUGCGCGCAGCUCGGCGGAGGAUCGGCGCGUCGCAGGAGGAGGACCAGCGCAGAGAAACGUGGAGGUGGAGCAGCCUGUCCGCAGGCUGCAAAACAAAACCACAGGAAAAUAACAAUAAAAACUCACGUUUUGCCGUUUGGAUGUAUGAGAACUUGCUCCUGACACAACAGGCUGGACUGAGAGGACUGGAAAGUUGUUUCGGAGAGGAAUGAUAGACGCUCCCUGCAGCCCUGCAUCUUAAUGUGACUUCACAUGGUGAGGAAUUAAGGACUUAGAGAAACAAGUUUAUUGUUUUUUUUUUUUUUAUGUUAAAUAGGGGAACUGUUUGGAGCCUUUUUUUCUGUGGAAAUGACACUGUGAUGUUUGGUCUCUCUGAGAUGAUCUGAAGUGGGACAAGUUCUGAUUCCCUAAAAGCUUUUCUGCUUUAACAAAUAUUAGAUAUUUAUCUCAGAUUGAAAAACCAAAAACAUUUGUUUUCUAAGGAUAUAAAAGUCUUGGUUUUCUUUUUUUUCUGAUAUCUUUUACUAAGAAGAUAAAUACCUCACAGCCUAAGACCUAUUUACCCUGGACCCAGCGCCCAAAGGAAAGUCAUAUGAUUAUAUAUUUUUAAACGUAGAGGAAUAGGGGAAUAGCACAUUGAAGGCUUUAUUUUUUAUUUUUUACUUUUUUAUUUUUCAAAACAAUGAGGAUUGAAGCGAUAUAAAAAGUCCCAUUAAGAAGCUAUUUUGUGUGGAUUGUCGCUCAGCUUGACCUCGACCUUCACAAAGUAGCAGGGUGCUGAAGAGUGGAACAAUGCCAGAUUCACCUGCGGAUGUGAAAACCCAGCCCAGGUCCACCCCACCUACCAUGCCUCCUCCACCCCCGGCUGUGAGCCAAGCAACAAGUCGAAACGCCUCUUUCACGCCAACCACCAGUAAAUCAAUGCUGAAUGGGAGCAGCCACUCUCCUACCUCGCUAAACGGUGCUCCUUCGACUCCAAAUGGCUUCAGUAAUGGGCCAGCCAUGUCCUCGACGGCCUCCUUGUCCAACCAACAGCUUCCGCCGGCUUGUGGUGCUCGGCAGCUCUGCAAACUAAAGCGCUUCUUGACCACGCUGCAGCAGUUCGGCAACGACAUAUCCCCUGAGAUUGGGGAGCGAGUGCGCAGCCUUGUGUUAGGACUGGUGAACUCCACUCUCACCAUUGAAGAGUUCCACUCCAAACUUCACGAGGCUACUAACUUCCCGCUGAGGCCUUUUGUCAUUCCUUUCCUAAAGGCAAACCUGCCUCUGCUGCAGAGAGAGUUGCUGCACUGUGCCAGGCUGGCCAAACAGACUCCAGCUCAGUAUCUGGCUCAGCACGAGCAGCUACUCCUGGACGCCAACGCCAGCUCUCCCCUUGACUCCUCUGAGAUCAUGCUGGAGAUGAAUGAGCACGGCAAGAGAAGGACUCCUGAUAGGACCAAAGACAGCUCCGACAGAGAUGGCUUGCACCCAGAGCACCUGGCGAAGAGGCCCUGCACCAUCAGCCCCAGCCAACGUUUCAGCCCUAGCACUGGACUCCCAGCUCACCCCCCUCCCAAUGGCCUUCCAACUCACCCGCCCAAUGGUCUGCCCCAUCCGCCCAACCCUCAAGUGGGACCCCAGCACUACCGGCUAGAAGACAUGGCCCUGGCGCACCAGUACAGGGACGCCUUCAGACACAGUGAACACCGGGACUCUAGAGACAGGCACCGGCAGACAGCUGUACAUGGAGCUCGCCAGGAGGAGGUGAUUGAUCACCGUCUUACAGACCGAGAAUGGGCAGAAGAAUGGAAACAUCUUGAUAAUCUUCUCAAUUGCAUCAUGGACAUGGUAGAGAAGACACGGCGCUCCCUGACCGUGCUGCGCCGUUGCCAAGAGGCCGACCGCGAGGAAAUGAAUCACUGGAUCCGCCGCUACAGCGACGUAGAGGAGAUGAAAAAAGGUGGGAGCAACGGACAGCACUGCCUUCCUCCUCCUACUACUCUUCCUCCUCCUACUCCUCACCACAACUCCUCCUCCAACACAGCUAGCAGCAGCGAGUCACUGCCCAUAGGAACUUCCUCGGCUGCUGAAAGGCAGACAGGCAGACAUACAGAGAUCCACAGAGACUUCUUGCACCGGCCUUCCUCAGGAUACUUGCCUGAAGAAAUUUGGAGAAAAGCAGGUACUACAAGCAUGCCGCUUUCCCCAGCUCUAAAGCACCUACAAAGCAAGCAGGAAGAGGCGGUGAACGAGGUAAAGCGGCAAGCCAUGUCGGAGCUGCAGAAGGCAGUGUCAGACGCAGAGAGGAAAGCUCACGAGAUGAUUUCUGCAGAGCGGUCCAAAAUGGAGAGGGCGCUCGCUGAAGCGAAGAGACAAGCUUCUGAAGACGCGCUAACGGUCAUCAACCAGCAGGAAGACUCCAGCGAGAGCUGCUGGAACUGUGGCAGGAAAGCCAGCGAGACGUGCAGCGGCUGCAACACGGCUCGCUACUGCGGCUCCUUCUGCCAACACAAAGACUGGGAGAAGCACCACCACGUCUGUGGUCAGGGGCUGCAGGGGCUGCCAGGGGGCAGCAGCGUUCCCUUGGGCACCCCUUCCUCCACCUCCUCUGUGUCCUCCACUGCGCCCCCAACCCACUCAGAGAGCUCUCCUCCGGGACCCCUUUCCCUGGUGGGGCAGAGCAGUAUUGCAGGAGUUGCUGGCAGCGGGAGCAUCUCUGCCAGCCCCAAAGAGAGCAGUUCAAGCAGUGCCUCUCGCUCCACGACCCCAGCGACCCCUGCCCUACUGGAUGCCACCUCUCGCUGACGUCCGGGGCUCUCUCCCUGCCUGUGCAUACUGAAAUGACAGUGCCCACACUCCACACAAAACCAAACUGAGGAAUCUGCAUUCUACAUGGCUCCCUUUCCUCCACUUCUUCAUAACCCUCUCCUUGCAAGCUCUGUGAUAACUUCUUCAACAACCAGUAGCUUUUCACAGCGUGCAUAACGUUUAACCUCCCCCACAGACACUAAGACUCCAACCAGAGGUUCAACAUGGUGCAAAACGUGCAUCUUGCCGUGUCUGCUACAAUAUAAGUUUUGUUUGUCGAGAAUGAAAAAGGGUUGCCCUCAGUAAUGUAGGUAUGGGAAGGUUAGGGGCUUGACUAGGCAGCAUUGAUGAGGGAUAACUAGUACUUGAUAGGAUUUCCCCUUUAAUUUAGCACCAGGGAAGGCACAGGAACCAGCCCUGAAAUGAGCACUAAAAGUGGCACCUCUGGAGUUUGAAAAUGAAGAGACCAGAAGCAUAACCUCAUUCUGAAACCUAGGUGGAAAGGGAUUAAAACUGUAAUGCGAUGUAUUCCUCAGAAACACAACUUAGUAUUUAUUAAAGGUUUUUUCUGGCUUUAAGGAAAACAAAGAUUAUUCCAAAUGUUCUGAAUAAAGAAUAAUAGCGCUGAUGAUGACGAUGAUAUAAAAAUAAAUUAAUUUUUAACUGGUAACUACCUUGCUAGCAAGCCAAGAAUAUCUACACCAGACUCACCUCUCUGCACCAUUACGAACCCAAAUAAAUUCAAAGAUGAAGCAAAUAACAUGAUCCAAACCUUUUUACUACACUGCCAAAGUAAAAAACAAAACAAAAACGUGAUACAUAAAAGCACUCAUCUUAUAACCAAACACAAAACAACAUCACCUCCUGAGCAGAAAAGCCAGCCCUGAGAGGACCAGGCAUCGAGGAGCUGCAUCAACUAAACUGUGACCUGCUUUGAUCGACAGCUGCCUCUACAGUUUGGAUGAACCUACAACAUUUCCUCAGUGAUGGCCCAGACUAGUGAAUAUUGACAAUGCUGUGAACUUGAAAUUGAUGGAAAACCUGCCACAGUGUGGCUAUUUUCUGAGGACAUGAUGAGGGGGGGAAAAAAGGAAAAACCUCAAAGGAAGCAGAAAUGGACGCAAGGCAUUGGAGCUGCCAAAAACACAAGCUUGGAGACUGCAUUGAAAAUAAUGGGAAUGUAUAAGGAGAUGGCUCAAAAGUAGAUUGUUGCUCUGUUUUUGUUUUGUUUUGUUUUGUUUUUUUAACACAAGCUUACCAGGAGGAGGUACGUUGAGGAAUUGCCAUCACCUUUAUAUUCACUCCAUCCUUUUCCAAAGCAUGACUAAGCAGUUCAGAAGAGCCAACAGGGCGGAAUAAACUUUAUCCUCCUUUCUUUCUACCUCCCCUCAUCCCACAACUCCCUUCCUUGCUCGUAUCCACAUUAGUUGACUCGUAUUUAACCCCCCAAAAUACGGGGUUUGCUUUGGACAGACCUCCACAGCACUCACACAGGGAGGUUUGAACCUGCUUGUAGAUAUUCCUCUUCUCUUGUAAUUUUUUCAUAAAUGUCUUCUGAUUGCUGAUGCCACAUGUGCUGCCCUUGUGUAUACUACCCCCUCCCAAAAAAAGGACUUUGUUUUGGGUUAUUUACCUUUCAUUUUCAUCAAAGUUUAGGUUGAUCAGUCAAAACAGAGGCUAUGAUGCUUGUUUAUGAAAGGAAUUGCCCCACAUUGUACUUAUUGUUUGAAUUGUUGUAUCUAUAUUAAUGAGAUGAAACCCCUCUUGUAGAAUAUUUUGUAUUGCUCGCAUUGUAAGACAGUGAGAGGACGGAGGUGCAAUAUGAAGAGAAUUCAGCUACUGAAUGGAACCUCAGCAACUGCCCAUAGGGUGUCAUAUAAUAUAGAUACAUAUAGAUAUAUUUAAAGCAACAUCAGUAACUUAAUGUGAAUGUACAUAGUAUUUAAAAAGGUCCAAAAAUGUGUUUGCCAAAUAACAAAAACCUUUAAAGUUCAGAACGUGACUUUUUUUUUCUCACAGUACAUUUGUUUUUCACUCAUACAAGCUGAAUUUUCAAUUCAAGUGUCAUGAAGCUGUUGACGACAGAUGUAGCUCCAGGCCACUUAACGUUAUGUGUUUUGAUCUGCCAUUGGUAGAUCAUCCUGAUAUAGUCAGUUGUAAAAGGGUUAAAACAUAUUGGAUCCAUUUAAAAUCUGUCAGAUUAAGGAGUUCUGUCCCUUUGACCAACUUUGGUGACCGUAAUGGUUCUCUGUCUUGGUCCUGAUCAAUCUGUGUAUGUGAUUUCUGAUCGUUCUUUACCUCCCCUGUUAUACAAGACAAGCCAUUACUGUAGGGUAAAGUGAUAAACCAGUGUUAAGCUCACAUCAAAAGUAAUUUUCUGUCUUUUAGACUCGACCAUGUUUUGCAUAAAGAUGUGAUUUAAGAAUAAGCUGUAGGUGUUGAGCAGGCUUUUUGAUUCCAGUAGGGAAAUAAACAGACUGAAUGCCUUUUAUAUAGAUUUUUGUUAGCCCUACAUCACUGGCCCUAUUUACACUUUGACCAAACUUGGAAAAAAUAUUUUUGGACUAUUUGGGAUGACUUAAAAUUCAAAUAAGCUACAACAAAAAAAAGGUCAUGCUUGUUUUUUUUGGUUUGUUUUGGUUUUAUUUAUGUUAUUUUGUUGGGCUUAGUCUUUCCUUUGGAACAUCUUUAUUCUCCCCUAAUGUCUAAUAGUCUCUCAGAUCCAUCACAUGCCCCCCUGUCCCUGCUGAAACGAGCUACCUCCUGUGAGCAUACAGCAAACCACCAGGAGAAGCUGACCUGGUCUUUCAAAAAAAAAAAAAACACAAAAAAACAUAGAUUGCUUCAAAACAGACAUGGGCACACAAUCGCAGUUAUAGGUUAUCAAAUGAAUCCCCACUGAAAGGAGCUGUCAUUACUACUGAUGUGGACUAAAACAUCUAUUUUCACCAGACUGCAACUUUAUAGUUAAAAAAACAGCUUUUGUUAAGAGUUAUUAAUAGACACACAUUCAGUUAUUCCUGCUUUUUAUUAAAACAACCACAGAUUCAUUGAUGAUAAUUCAUUUAAUGUCUGAAACCAAUAAAAGCACAAACCAAAGUACUAGUUUGCCAUUGUAGACUGCAACAUGGCAAGUAAUGACAGAUGGCAACCAGUCAACCAAAGUAUGUCUGAAAAAUACACACUAGGACAGUGCAGGAGAGCCUGCUGGACAAACAAACAGGCUGAGUUUCAGAUGUGAAUUCAUCCUCAAGCAAUCAAAGAGCUUGUUGACUACAUAUUGAGUAACGCUCCUCUAUAAACAACAGAAGCGUCUCCUUUGGAAAAAGCCAACUGUGUGUACUUAUAGCUAUAAAGCCUUCCAGAGUUUAAGUGAAUGUGUGGUACUUGUGUGUCUGUCUGCGGAUUGUGGUGUGCCUAUCUUUUAGUAAAAAAGAAAGAAAGAACAAAACCAAACAGCAACAACAACAACAAAAAAAUCUUUAUGUCGUUCUGCAAACUACUUGAAAACUUCAGAGCUUUAAUGAAACCCAGACAAACAAUAGUGGUGCAUUGAUUAAAAAAAAGAAAGAAGCAGUUUGGUGCAGGUAUAUCUAUAUAAACAUCCACAUCAUAACACAAUAGGGUGACAGUUCCAUUCAGGUCUUGAAGUGCUUUGUGUGAUCCUCAUUGUCUGCGAGUUAGACCUCAGAUAAACAAAGCCAAACCCAAUAGACAGCAUACAAAUUACCAAAAUACAACCAAAAAGCUGCAACUUUUUUUUAAGUUACAUUUUUUUGUAUGAAAGAAACCUAGAUCCUCACCCCCUCCUUACGUCAUCAUACUGCAAGUUAGAAAAAAUGAAACCUUUUCACUGUUUUUUUUUUUUUCUGUCAAGGUAUUUUAGUUGCUAGAUGGAUCCUAGACCUCCUAUUCAAGGGUCUGCUAAUUAAUUCCAUCAGCAACAUUUUUUAUAUAUGGGCAAAAGACAUGUCCACAGAUGUGAGCUGGGUUGGUGUUUGUCUCAGCCUGUAAGACAACUCAAAAAGUCUGCCUAUGUGAUGAUGACACGACCUUCCUGUGAAACAAGUCCAGAAAGCUGAAGUGGCAAACGGUGGACGCAGCACUUGUUUUCCGAUAAGCCAUGGCUCCGAAUGAUCUCAUUUUUAAACUUCACAUAAACUGAAAACAAGUUUAUGCUUUUGUAUGUGUAGGGACGCCUUCUAUACUGUAUUGUGCAAUACACUGAUACAGAAAAAAAAAAGACAUGUUUCUGUGGGAAAGGCUGGCGCUUUCAAGAUCUUUCCUACUAUGUUUCAUUUCUCUCUUCUGACAGUCCUGUUGCCAUUCUUACAGUAGAUGAAGUAAACUGUGCCAGAGGAAUUAAAUUCUGAUUUGUAUUUAUUUCUUGCAUGCUUCUCUCCCUGUUGCUAAUACCGCUUUUUAACUGUUCGCUCUGUUGGAUGUGUGAAGCUGUAAAACAUUCUAAUUCAGGUUAUUGUCUGUGUUGAACAAUGUAACUGUGUAAUUAAAACAUGAAAUGACAUA